CUUCAUAUACUUCACUUCUCUUUUCACUUCACUCAAAUUUGAUUCAAGCGUUGACACAGGGCAACAUCCUAACAAAUCGUCUCAUCUCACAUGCUCUCAUACGAAUGAUCUAAACAGGCAGAAUGGAGAGGAGAGAUGUCGAUGACAGAUUUAACACACCGAUUUGUGAAGAGGACCUUGAAGAUGGGGAGUAUCCCCCUUCUAACCAAAACAGGCGACAAGUGUUCAUGUCGAAAAUGGCACCUGGGAGACAUGGCAGGCUGGCUCCAGUGAGCCUGGUGCUACUCGCUGCUGUUCUGCUAAUAGUUGAUAUCAGCCUGGGGGUCCACUACAACAAACUCACAGAUACCCACCUCACAGCUGAUGAUACAGGCCGCAUCAAAAAUGAGUUGGACAAACUCCAAGAUACUUACAAGACUGCGAUCAAGACAAUGAAAGGCGCCAACAACCAGCUGGACACCGAGAUGAGUCGCCAGACACAAACCAAAUGGGAGCUUGAACACCAGACAAAAAGAACAAAUGACUAUGAAGCGCAGAUUGAGAAAAUAUCAAAGGACAUUGCAUCAAUGAGAUCCCACUUAAAAAUGAUAAAUGAUGGCUGCAGACACUGUCCAGCAGGAUGGAUUUUGAUGAACUCAGUGUGUUAUUACUUCCCUUUUAUGGACAGUUCGGGAGUCAAAACCUGGCAAAGAGCCAGAGAGUUCUGCCAGAUGUAUGAUGGAGAUCUUGCGGUCAUAGACAGCAAAGACAAAGAGAACUCAACUGUAAAUAUCUUGAUAAAUAAUCAUGACUCCUCAAAAUUCCCAAUGGGCUUCUGGAUUGGACUGAGAGAUGUGCACGAGGAAGGGACUUGGAAAUGGUUGGAUGGAACAGUACUGGUUGAAGGGUACUGGAAUGAUGGAGAACCGAAUGAUAUCAACGAUGAGGACUGUGCAGGAGUGUAUCCCAAUGAAAACUUCUUCAAGGCUUGGAACGAUGUUCCAUGUGGAGUCACAAUGAAAUGGAUUUGUGAAAAAGCACCAACUUCUACGAAUUAAAAGUGUGUGUUUACUGCAUUUGCUUGCAAGCUUAACUGUUUGAAGAGUUAUCGCCACCUUAGAGACUUUUAGACAUUUUGAACAUUUCUGUGAUGAAGAACAGAAUCUUUACCAAACUGGUCGAUGGUCAGUUAUAUACAUACUGUACACAUGUGUAUGUUACUAUUACACAACUCUGUGACUUUAGUUUAAACAAACCCGUUGUAUGUACUGAUGUCCAAAGGCUGACACUGCAGUGCAACAAAGAUGAA